AUGUUUGCAUCUGCACAGAUUCGGGAAACCAGAGAAGCAGCCAGCCCCAAAGGUCCAUUCGCGAAGCCGUCUCGACCUUCCACAGCCUCAGGCUCUGACGGGGCUCGAAGAGAGGCUAAAGAAAAGACAGAAACCAAAGAAGUUCCAAAAAAAGGAGAGGACAAAACAGAAAACAAGACCGGAGCGCAGAAAGCAGCCACUGAGACAUCGCAAGGAGCAGAGCCGGCAGUAGAGAAGGUGGAAGAAGACAAGGCAGCAAGAGAGAAAGCAGCGGAGAAAGCAGCAAAGGCAGCAGCAGAGAAAGCACCGGCAGAGAAGGCAGUGGCACAGAAAGCAGCAGCAGAGAAAGCCGCGGCAGAGAAGGCAACGGCUGAGAAAGCUGCAGCUGAGAAGGCAGCAACUGAGAAAGCAGCGGCAGAGAAGGCAGCAGCUGAGAAGGGAGCAGCUGAGAAGGCUGCAGCUGAGAAAGCAGCGGCAGAGAAAGCAGCAGCUGAGAAAGUAGCGGCGGAGAAGGCAGCAGCUGAGAAGGCAGCAGAGAAAGCACAGAAAGCAGCGGCUGAGAAAGUAGCGGCUGAGAAAGUAGCAGCGGAGAAAGAAGCAGCUGAGAAAGCAGCAGCUGAGAGGGCAGCAGCAGAGAAGGCAGCAGCUGAGAAAGCAGCAGCUGAGAAAGCAGCAGCUGAGAAGGCAGCAGCAGAGAAGGCAGCGGCAGAGAAAGCAGCAGCUGAGAAAGCGGCAGCAGAGAAAGCCGCAGCUGAGAAAGCAGCAGCAGAGAAAGCAGCAGCAGAGAAAGCGGCAGAGAAAGCAGCGGCUGAGAAGGCCGCAGCUGAGAAGGUGCUCCAGGCGGCUGAGACGAAACGCGCGGAGGCGGCUGAGAAGCUGCGAGUCAUGACAAUGAUUCGAUCCAAGCUGAAGAAGAAGGUGGAAAAUGUGCAAGACCAGAGCCAGUUGCAGGCAGCGCUGCAAGAGAAGUUAGACGCCUCCAUCUUGGGACGUUUGAUGGCAGAGGAACGACUGGAAGAACUGAAGCUCGAGCUGGCCGAAGCUGAGCUGAAGCGGGACGAGGAGGCGGAAGAAAAAGCGAAGUUUCUGGUGCAGAUGGUGAACAUCCCGACACCGCAGCCCAAGGGCGAAGCCACUGCGCGGCCGAGUGAGGAUGGAGCAAUGGCGGCCCUUCUGAAGUUGCAGAACCGAAAGAAGAAGGAAGACGCGCCGGCGCCGCCGCCUCCACCUCCACCAGCUCCAGAGGCCCCUCGACCUAACAUCACCCGAAGCCCCGAGCUCGAUGCGUACCAAGAGGCUUUGCGUGUGUUGCACCAAGCCUCGCAACAGGAGGUGGAUGAAAUGCAAAAGCAAAUCGCUAUUUUGGAUCAGGAUUCCAACAAGGUUCCACGGCUGAAAACGGAUCUCAAAACUCUCAACAACAGGCAAAAUCUCCUGCAAGAGCGGAUGGCCGAUGUAGAAAUGGAAGCAAUAGAACUGGAGCAAGCAGCCAAG